AUGGCUCUUAACCUGGAGAAACAACUGCGCUUCUAUGGCGCAUACCACCAUGACGCAGUCAAUAUUGGCAUACACAUGGUCGGAGUUCCCAUUAUCCUCUGGACUACAUUUCUCCUGUUCACGAAUUCCGGCACCCUGAUCAAACUACCAGAGUCCAUGACCAUCCCCCACCUCGAACUGAAUGCUGGCACCCUCUUCUGCCUAUCCUACUGCGGCUUGUACAUCUUGCUCGAGCCAGUGGCCGGAACGGCGUUCGCCGCAUUGCUUCUCGCCGGAACCGCCUACGCACACCAACUGGUAUCGGUCCACGGGAUGACUGCCAACUUUUGGGCGGCGGCGGCAUUUGUGGCAUCCUGGAUCGCACAAUUCUUGGGCCACGGAGUGUUUGAAGGACGUGCUCCUGCUUUGCUGGACAACAUCUUCCAGGCAUUUUUCUUGGCCCCGCUCUUUGUCUGGUUAGAGAUCCUGUUUGCGCUUGGGUACAGGCCAGAAUUGAAGAGCCGAGUGGACAAGAUGGUGGAGCAAGAUAUUGCCAAAUACCGCGAGUCCAAGUCGCAGAAGGCGAAUGGGCAGGUGAACGGGACUGCUGCCAACGGCCACGCCAAGCAAUCGUAA